GCGAGAACUCGCCGCGGCAACCAAUGAGCAGCGAGGAGGGGGGCGGGGCUGUUAACCCGGAAGUCUCGGGUGGCGAUGGGGGGCCGAGUGCGGCGGCGCACCGGGUCGCUGCUCUGCCCCCGUACGAUGCCACCCGGGGGGCUUCGUCCGAAACGUCCCCCAGCUCGAAGCCCCGCAGGGCCGGCGCGUGGCGCUACACGCAGGAGGGAGGAAACAGCCGGCGACGGGAGGAGCGUGCGCGGGGGGCGUUUGCCCUCCGCUUGCCGCAGAGGAUCCGCGGCCGGCGGCUGCUGGGCGGUGACACAGCCCAGGAGGAAGGGGAUGAGGGAAAGAGAGGCCCUGGUCGCGGGACGUGCAGCGAGCGCAUCUCUAAGGGGAAGAAGCUCAAAGCCCGUAAGGAGACCGUUCAGAAUGAGGUGUACUCGGGACUUCCCAUAUUCCUCUUCUACGUCAAACGCACGCGGUGCCUGGCGGAGAUCACUUUCAAGGUCCUGAGAAUGCAGCCGUGGAGCAGGGACAGCCCACGGCUUCCAGGCUGAGAAGCUCCUGGAGGAAGAGGAGAAGAGGAUGCAGAAGGAGAGGGAAGAGGAAGAG